AACUUUCUCCCUCAUCCUCAUCUUUGCAAUUUCCUCCUCCCAAAACUGCGAAUAUGGGUGUCCUUGCAAAAAUCGAAGAUAGACCUACGCCGCCAUGCGUUUACAACUGGCGUGUCUAUCUUUCGGCCAUCGUGGCAGCUUUUUCUUCUUGCAUGAUUGGCUAUACUACUUCGUUCAUUGGCACCACGGUUGCUCUUGACUCGUUCCAAGAAUACUAUGGUCUUGACCAGUUGAGUGACUCGAAGGCCAGCUUCAUCUCAGCCAAUAUCGUGUCUCUCUUCCAGGCCGGUGCAUUCUUUGGCUCCAUAUUUGCUUAUACAACGUCGUACUUCCUUGGCAGGAGAGCCAGUAUCUGGAUCUUUAUCAGCAUCUUCCUUGUUGGCGCUGGCAUCACCUUGAGUCCAAGCCACAGUCUAGGUCCUCUGUAUGCUGGACGUGUCAUCUCUGGUUUCGGCGUUGGUGGCUGCACCAUGGUGUUAAAGUGCUACCANGUCCCAAUUUUCCUCUCCGAAAUUGCCCCUCCAGCCAUUCGAGGUAGACUUGUCGGACUAUACGAACUCGGUUGGCAGACUGGUGGCCUCGUUGGCUUCUGGAUCAUCUUUGGCGUUUCAGAGGGCUCGGCUCUGACUGGAAGAAAUCAAUUUUUAAUUCCUUUCGCUGUGCAGCUCGUUCCGGCUGGUAUGGUCUUGAUCGGCAGCAUCAUGCUCAAAGAAACACCACGUUGGCUCUUCAGCAAAGGUCGCCGCGAGAAGGCCAUCCAAAACCUCUGCUGGAUCCGUAACCUCGAGCCUACCGAUCAGUACAUCAUCGAAGAAAUUGAGAUGAUGGAGGCUGCGAAUGAUGAGAUACCGAAGGGCUUCUUCCAGCCAAUCAAGCUUGCUCUGACUGACAACAAGAUUCUGUGGCGUCUGUUUCUCGGUCACAUGCUGUUUGUCCUGCAGAACUUCUCAGGCAUCAAUGCUAUCAACUACUACUCUCCGACCAUCUUCAGAACCAUGGGCAUCAACAGCACAUACACAGUCGACCUCAUGACAGGCAUCUUCGGUGUCCUAAAAACUGUGAUGACUGUACUCUGGCUUACCGUCCUCGUCGACAAAUGGGGCCGCCGCCAACUUCUCGUCUACGGCUCCAUAGCCGGCGCCUCAUGCAUGUACAUCAUCGGCGCCCUGAUCACCUCAAAAGUCAGCAACAGCAGCGGCACAACCACUUCAAACAACCUCUCCUCCCAAGGCAUCGCCACAAUCGUCAUGGUAUACCUCUGGACCACCUUCUACAUUCCCUCCUGGAACGGCACACCCUGGGUCCUCAAUGCCGAAAUGUUCACCACCGCCUCCCGCAAUGUUGGUCAAGUGUCUGCUUCCAUGUCAAAUUGGCUGUGGACGUUUAUCAUUGCCCGCUUUACCCCCGACAUGAUUUCUAGCAUGGGGCCUGAUGGCUGCGGCAUGUACUUCUUCUUUGCGGGCAUGUCGACAUUGAGUUUGGGAUUUGUGUGGUACUUGCUUCCAGAGACGAAGUCGGUGCCGUUGGAUAAAAUGGAUAGAUUGUUUGAGAUUAGACCGGUGAGGAGGGCGCAGCCGCAGUUGAUGCAAGAGUUGCAAGAGGAGAAUUUGGAGAUGAGUUUGCAGGCUGGGAAGAGGAUGAGUGUCUCUAGUGAGCAUCGGGCA